UUUAGCGAACACGGAGGCGAGUGGGGAGGAGCUUGUGGCGGACAGUCACUUAUUGCCGGCGGUGGCUGUGGGAAAGCAUUCGGGAGACGCGAUCAGAGAGUAUGUAAAGGGAUCUAAGAAUCCUACGGCGGUGCUGGGCUUCGGUGGGACGGUUCUGAAUGUGAAACCGUCGCCGGUGGUGGCUGCUUUUAGCUCUAGAGGGCCAAACACAGUGACCCCGCAAAUACUAAAGCCUGAUGUGAUUGGGCCCGGAGUGAAUAUCUUGGCCUCGUGGUCAAUGGCCACCGGGCCCACUGGGCUCCUGCAAGACACUAGGAGGACUCCAUUCAACAUAUUAUCUGGAACGUCCAUGUCUUGUCCCCAUAUUAGUGGGCUGGCAGCAUUAUUAAAAGCGGCCCAUCCCAACUGGAGCCCAAGUGCAAUCAAAUCUGCACUCAUGACAACAGCAUACACUCGGGACAACACCAACUCCUCUCUACGGGUUGCCGAGGACGGCAAGCUUUCAAGCCCAUGGGCUCAUGGAUCAGGACAUGUUGAUCCCCAAAAGGCCCUCUACCCUGGCCUCAUUUACGACAUACGUCCGGCCCAAUACGUCAUGUUCCUGUGCUCCUUGGACUAUGCCAGUGAGCACAUCCAAGCGAUUGUCAAAAGAGCAAACAUAACAUGCAACAAGAAAUUCAAGGAUCCUGGGCAGCUCAACUACCCGUCCUUCUCUGUGGUCUUCCCAGGGUCAAGAGUCGUCCGGUACACCCGGGAACUCACCAAUGUGGGGCCUGCAGGUUCAACGUAUGAUGUGUCUGUUGAAUCACCACCAUCGGUUUGGGUGACAGUGAAGCCGAGAAGGUUAGUGUUCAAGAAGGUAGGGGACAGACUAAGGUACACAGUUACAUUUGUAUCCAGGAAGGGAGUGAAGGGUGCUAUAAACGAGUUUGGCUCCAUUUCUUGGAAUAAUAAUGCAGGGAAUCAAGUUAGGAGUCCAGUUUCUUUCUCUUGGGCCCAACUUUUAUAGUGUGAGACUAUAUUUAUCAUAGUAGUAGGGCGGGUUUAGGGCCUUUGAUCUUGUAACAAUGCAGGUCCAUUGUAUUACUUUCUAGAGUGUGGGUUUCAAGAGUAGAUUGCUUAUCUGGGAAAGGGACAAAUGAGUGGAGUUCUAUUAAGUUUGCUUCUAUAAACAAUUAAAUAUUCACAUUACAUCU